AUGGCGAUCACUGAAUUCCCGUCUGAGAUAGAACCGACAAAGAAGCGUUCCCUCAUCGCUCCCUCCAUUUCUUCAGUCCCCUCCCGAUCCUCUAAACGUCAACGAGCACCAUCCCUGUCCUCGACUCCAGCCCCCAUCACACGCGUCCGCUCACCAUCCUCAUCGGAAGGCCCCUCAACGUCUCCCAAGAAAGGAGCGGACCAGAAAGAACCUGAUCACUCAGUCGUUCGCCUCUGGUUCCUCAACCACCUUUCCAAGCCUUAUCCCACUUUAUCUCAGAAAGAAACUCUGGCUACUAAAGCAGGAAUCACUCGGAACAAGGUUGAUUCUGACCUGACUAAUUUUAGAAGAAGAGCAGGAUGGACUGAUUUGAUGAAUCGAUUCUGCGGAGGAGAUAGGGAUAAGAUGAAGAGGUUGAUUGAACGAGUUGAGAGUGGACGAGAGCAAAGAGAGGAAGUGCUGAAGAGUGUUCAGAGGAUGAAAGAUUAUCUUGGGAGGAAGGAGGAAGAGAGAGUUGGUGAUUGGGUUAAAGAGGUUACCGCUCUCACAUCAUCCCUUACUUCUACUACUGGUAGUACCACGUCCACCUCCAGGUUAACAUUAUCCUCUUCCGACUCAUCAUCCACCAUCUCCCACAACCGAUCAAUUACUUCCCUCUCGGAAGUAUCCAACCUCGUCAAACCCACCGCUCGAUCCCUUUCAGGCUCAUCAUCCACCACAUCAUCCUCUCUAUCCGAUACCUCCAUGACCCUUCAACCCACUCGAAAGAGGCUCAACCCAAAUGCAGAGGUAUUCGUACCCAACAAACGAUACGCUCCAUCCGCUACCUCUUCUAGACAAUCCUCCGCUGGAUCGGCAAGUGAAGUCGAUGCGAGAUUGGUAAAUCCCUACGACCCCUCUAUCUGGUCCACCACCACUAGUAUCCCUCUCUUACCCCAUAUGUCGGCUGGUACGCAUAACACUUGGGCUAUGCCGAGGGAUGCGGGGUUCCAGCCUAGGAUAAGUAGUUGGAGUAGUAAUGGGAGUGUGAGCAGGGUGAGCAGGGCUUUGUGA